GCAUUGCCAGCUCUUAUCAAACACGCUGGAGAGCAUCCAAGUGAGAACUUCCAUCCUCAGUUUGCAUGUUAACCUCGGCUAUUACUUGAGAAAUCAAGCUAAUGCAAUAAUGCAAAGCUGACCUGCAUCACAAUAACAGAACGACCCAUAAGCAAAGGAUAACCCUCAACAUGAAUUGAACUCUACUAUUAAAUGAUCGAUUUAGCUAAGCCGAAUUCGCCUAAACCUAACUUUAUAACAAAGAAAGAGAUAAUACCUCGGGGAAAAAGAGAUUUCGAUAACGGAGGCGGUGAAGGAAUUUAGUGGAAGUGAAUCAGAGAGGUUGUGGAGGAGGUUGCAUCGGCGGCGGACAAGUUCGCCGAAACACUUUAUUUUUUCACAGUAAGCCGGAGAGGGAGAAGAGGGAAGACGACGUUGCACUCUGGGUUUGCAAUUUUUUUUUUCAUGGAGAAAGUUAAAUGCGGUGAAAAUCAAGUGAGACAGAGAGAUUUUCCAUCUGGUUGGUCUACCGCCGGGUUUGGCCAGUUUCGUGGAUCAAUGGGUUUGAAGUGGAUUUAUUCCAUCCCGUUUAUACCACGUCACUUCCACAUGGCCCAAUCAAAACCUGCGUUACCGGUGCCACACUUUUAAUAGCGGCACCGUAGUAUUGGCCCUUUGUAAAUCGCCUGGCCUAGGAAACUUAAAGAGGCCCAACUAUAUUUACUUUAAUAAAGCCCAACCUUGUCCAGACUCUUGAACAACUCCUGAGUCAAGCAAAACGGAAUUAGGGCCCAAUAAGCCCAUUUCCCUGGAAGGAAUGAAUUGAGAUUCUCAAUUCCUCUCCUAACGGAAGCUUGUAAAGCGUAAAACCCUUACCGCCCAGCGCCCAGGUUGUUUGUAGAGUAGUUGCGUACCAAUUCUCGUCCUCUCUUCCAUUCCGCCAUCAGUUGAUGCAGGGAAUAAGGUCAAUAUCCAUUUUUGCAAUUUGAAUCCUAUGCCAAAAUGCUCUCGCCGCACUACCGUCACCAUCGCCAAAUUACUCCUCAGUCGGUCGAGCUCUGCAUUCCAUCAAUUGCUGCCCUGUAAGUCCCCUUCCCUUGCUUUGCAGCUGCACUUCUCAGUCGCCACUCAAUCAAAUUCCCACAAGGACGACGGACGCCAUGAAGCCUGCAAUGGAAAACGUCAAGAUGGAAACGAAACCGAACUUCCGAUUCAUGACAAGAUAUUCAAGUCCCCUGCCAAGAUGGGUUCCUACCAGUCGGGCGACUCCUCUUUCUAUUCGCUCAUCGAGACCUACGCCAAUAAUUGCGAUUUCGAGUCGCUGGAGAAGGUUCUGGGUCGAAUGAAGAGGGAAAACAGGGUGUUUCUGGAAAAAAGUUUCAUUCUUGUGUUCAGGGCUUAUGGGAAAGCUGGCUUCCCUGGGAAAGCCCUGGAGUUAUUUGAUAGAAUGGCGGACGAAUUUCAGUGUAAGCGUACUGUGAAGUCGUUUAACUCUGUUCUGAACGUUGUUAUACAUGCGGGUCUUUUCCGCCAGGCUCUGGAGUUUUAUGAUCAUGUUGUUAGUUCAAAACAUGUCAACAUCUCGCCUAAUGUGUUGUCUUUCAAUUUGAUCAUCAAGGCUUUGUGUAAGCUUGGACUGGUCGAUAAGGCGAUCCAAGUGUUUAGGGAUAUGCCGGUUAGGCAAUGUGACCCAGAUGUGUACACUUAUUGCACACUGAUGGAUGGGCUUUGCAAGGAGGAUAGAAUUGAUGAAGCGGUUUCACUAUUAGAUGAGAUGCAAGUUGAGGGCUGUUUUCCUAAUCCUCCCACUUUCAAUGUGUUGAUUAAUGGGUUAUGCAAGAAGGGAGAUUUGGCACGGACGGGAAAGCUAGUUGACAACAUGUUUUUUAAAGGGUGUGUUCCUAGCGAGGUGACUUAUAACACACUUAUUCAUGGGUUGUGUCUUAAAGGGAAGUUGGAUAAGGCAGUAAGUCUUUUGGAUCGAAUGGUCUCUAGUAAAUGUGUCCCAAAUGAGGUCACUUAUGGUACAAUAAUUAAUGGACUGGUUAAGCAAGGAAAGGCACUUGAAGGGGUUCAAGUGUUGGUUUCAUUGGAACACAGAGGGCAUAGUGUGAAUGAGUAUGUUUACUCAACUUUGAUCAGUGGGUUGUUCAAAGAGGGCAAGCCUGAAGACGGGAUGAAGCUGUUUAAGGGAAUGAUAGAAAAGGGAUGUAAACUUAACACUGUUGUAUAUAGUGUUGUCAUAGACGGUUUGUGUAGAGAUGGAAAGGCGGAUGAAGCCUUAGAAAUUCUUUCUGAAAUGGAGAAUAAGGGUAUUGUGCCCAAUGCCUUCACUUACAGCUCUUUGAUGAAGGGGUUCUUUGAGAUAGGCAAAUCCCAUAAAGCCAUUGAAGUGUGGAAAGCUAUGGCAAAGGGAAAAUGUGUUGAGAAUGAUAUUUGCUAUAGUGUAGUGAUUGAUGGCCUAUGCAAGACUGGGAGUAUUGAAGAGGCAAUGAUUGUGUGGACACAGAUGUUGCACAAAGGAUGUAAGCCUGAUGUCAUCACAUAUAGUUCAAUGAUUCAUGGCCUUUGCUGCUCUGGCUCUUUGGAAGAUGCUCUAAAGUUGUACAAUGAGAUGCUUUGCCAAGAACCAAAUUCUCAACCAGAUAUUGUCACUUACAAUAUACUUUUUGAUGCUUUGUGCAAUCGGAGUAGUUUGUCUACUGCUAUUGAUCUUUUGAACAGAAUGUUGGACCGGGGGGUUGAUCCUGACGUUGUUACCUGCAACAUUUUCUUGAGAGCAUUGGGAGAGAAGAUAGAUCCACCUCAAGAUGGAACAGAGUUCUUAGAUGAACUCGUGGUUCGGUUAUUUAAGCGACAAAGUACCUUAGGGGCUUCCCAAAUUCUGGGAGUCAUGCUGCAAAAGUUUUUGUUGCCAAAGGCCUCUACAUGGGGAAUAGCUGUUCAGGAAUUUUGUAGACCAAAAAAAGUACAGGUAGCGAUUGAAAGGUGCCGGAACAAUGUAUAUGGGUAGAACAACCACAUGGAUCCUUAAAAGCCCUAUGCUGAAUGAUGUGCAUAAUCAUGCAGAUGAUAGAACAGCUGAGAGAGAUCACAGCUUUCCUAAAAGUUGUGCAUUGAAAAAUCCUCCUUCCUCAUAAUGGCCCAUACUUCUGUUGGUCUCAUGGUUCAAGUGGAAGUUUGAAAACAGUUCAUGAUGCAGAUUAUGAUGAACAUGGCUCAGGAUGCUUUCUCGUGAAAUUGGUGAGCAUGCUAAUAUUUCUUCGUAUCCUUGGACCUUUCUGCAUGGUGUUAUACUUCAUUGAAUUCUAGUCUGUUCUUCAGCUUUGUGGUUAUGCAAAAUGUCUAAUGUUAUCGGUCAUGGAAUGGUGUAUGUUAUGAAAUCUCUCAGUCAUGAGCAUAUCUCAAGAUUGCAAAUCUCCAUCAGUUUCUUGAUUGUCUUUUCGAUGUAUGCAGCUGGCAGGAAAUUUUGUUUGAAUCUUUUCCUCUUUGCUGAUACACUGACCAAGUUAGUGAGGCUUGGUGGUCUUUGUAUCAUUGCUUUGAAUCCUAUGAUGAUAGUUAUCUUCUCCUCCUGUAUUUUGUUUGUGUAGGUGUUGAUCAUAUCUCAUUUCUGUUGAUGUGCUCAGAGUGGAAACCGAGCGAAGAAGUAGGUUCAGUAAAGACGAAAUCUUAGA